GCAGCCAGUGGAGCCAAGCGAAGCGAGCGGAGAAGGUGGUGGCGUCUUACUGGAGGUCGCGGAGCGGAGGCGGGCGAGCAGCAUGGCAGCGGCGUUAAUGCUCCGAGUCUCCCUUAGUUUGUUGCACAGGCAAGGGAAAGUCUGUGCAGACAGGCUCGCUCGGGUGUCUUCUAGGGCAAUGGCUUCCAAAACUCCAGUUGGAUUCAUUGGUUUGGGAAACAUGGGAAAUCCAAUGGCGAAAAACCUUGUAAAACAUGGUUACCCCAUUAUCGCAUGUGAUAUAUUUCCAGAAGCAUGUAAAGAAUUUCAAGAGCUGGGUACACAGGUAACUGAUUCUCCAGCAGAUGUAGCGGAAAAAGCUGAUAGGAUUAUUACAAUGCUUCCAUCUAAUCCUAAUGCAAUAGAAGUUUACAUAGGUACCAAUGGAAUUCUCAAGAAAGUGAAGAAAGGUUCUUUAUUAAUAGAUUCCAGUACUAUUGAUCCUGAAGUUUCAAAAGAGCUAGCUAAAGAAGCUGAAAAAAUGGGAGCUGUUUUUAUGGAUGCCCCUGUUUCUGGUGGUGUUGGAGCUGCCCGUGCAGGAAAUCUUACCUUCAUGGUUGGGGGACUAGAGCAGGAAUUCGAUGCUGCAAAAGAGCUACUCACAUGUAUGGGUUCCAAUGUGGUCUAUUGUGGAGAAAUUGGAACUGGACAGGCUGCAAAAAUCUGCAAUAAUAUGCUGUUAGCCAUCAGUAUGAUUGGAACUGCUGAGACCAUGAAUCUUGGAAUCAGGUUAGGGCUUGACCCAAAGCUUCUGGCCAAAAUCCUAAAUAUGAGUUCAGGCCGGUGUUGGUCAAGCGAUACAUACAACCCUGUGCCAGGAGUAAUGGAAGGGGUACCUUCUGGUAAUAAUUAUCAAGGUGGCUUUGGAACAACCCUUAUGACUAAGGAUCUUGGCUUGGCCCAGAUUUCUGCCACCAACACUAGGUCUCCAGUCCCUCUUGGCUCCCUAGCCCAUCAGAUUUACAGGAUCAUGUGUGCCAAGGGCUACGCCCAAAAAGACUUCUCAUCUGUGUUCCAGUUUUUACGGGAAGAAGAGAGCUUGUGAAAUCUUUAUUGACUAUGGACAUUGUUAGAAAAAAAAAAACUGUAUUUAGAGUCUCUUUCAGAUUAAUCAAUAAAUACAUGAGUUUAAUCAAAGAUCAUGAAUCAUGAUCUCACCCACUUCUGUCUUCUAAAGUCACAGCUAACUUCCAAGAUUUCCUAUCUAUCAUUUCAAAUACUGUGGGAAAAGGUUUUUUUUAAUAAUUUAUAUAUAACUUUUUAAAAAAUACAGUAGUAGGGUUUAAAGAAAACCCAAUAUAUAUGUAUUUACAUACAAAAGGAUGACAUAGUUCAAAAUCACCCUUUUCCAAACUUGUAUCUCCAGAUGGGAUGGAUGUUAAGUUGGAGUCCAAAACAGGGGCCACAAGGUUGGAAAAGUUGUUCUGAACUGUACAAUUAUAACUGAUUAAAGAGACUGAUACUGAACUUCCUAAGUAAUAUACCAAUUUACCUUAAAAGCAUAAUUAUUACAAUGAAGAAUUAGUGGUGAAAAUUUAUAUUAAUUAAUGGUUGCAAGUUAUUUGACAUCUGGUGACCUUAUGGUUUUAAAAAGACAUCGUAAAAAUAACUCUGUGCAUGCAUGUUUCACGUAUUUUCCUUACUAAUCUAAUUUUAUACAUUUUUUAUCAUUUUCACACCUUUUCAAAAGGUUCAUGCCUGCUUCCCUUACUGAUACCCAGUUGUUACAAAUCUAAAUAAAUAAAUCCCUUUGAAAUAAAUGAUCAUUAGAAGAAAUAUCUGGGUUUGCUUUGGAGGGGUAUUCCCUUGUUUUUUAUUACAAUCAGAUUCUGUGCAUACUCAUGCCAAUAAAAAUGCAUUUGAAAAUACAUAAAGAGAAUCAAAGACCUGUCUUGCAUAAACAAGCAGAGAGAGUAUAAAGGUCUGUAGGUUGGUAUGUUCAUUAAAGUUUCCAUUCUUGUUCGUUAGGAAUGCAGUCUACAACCAUUAAAAUGGAUAUCCACAAUCCAGAGUAUAUAAAAUCCAUUAAUCUCCUGGUAUCAUAAACAGAGCUUAUGGCUAUACUGCUUUGUUUUACAGGAAGAAGCUCUUGAAACCGUGCAUGAGGAGAAAUAAUAAACAUUAAUCAGAAUUGCCUGAUGACCAUAGUUUCAUCAGGGCAGUUGAUCAACCUACCAAUUAUGGACUCUCCUGUGAAAAUGUAAUGAAUUACCCAACAGAGUUGGGUCAGUUUGGAACAAGUUCCUCUUUUUUGUUGCUGUCACCAGGUUCUAUUCAGCUCUAGAACUAAAGCAAUAGAAACUUUUUAUAAU